UAGUCGAUAACGGCCUAACUAAGUUCAAACAGUCUUGCCAUAACUACAAAACAAGAAGUUGGCAGUAGUGAAAAGAAUUUCAACACAGGAAAAAUGUCUGAUAGUUAAGAUCCAAUAAACAUGAUUUACUGAAAGCGUAAUUACUUAAAAGAUCUUCAAAAAUGACUACAUCAACUUUAACGAAAACUGAAACAGUCAGUAAGCCAUUACAAGUAAAUCUGGCUUCGAAAGAAACAGAAAAACCCAUUCCAAACUACCCGAAGUAUAAAUUUUUAAAAUGGGAGUUCGAAACUCCUAUUAUAUGGGUCAAUGUAUUUUUUAUCACAUUGUAUCACAUCAUAGGUGUUUACGGAUUCGUAACGCAUCCCUUCUUGACCAGACCAGGGGCCGUUAUUUUCGUUGUAAUGUAUGGAAGUCUUGGUGGAUUUGGAGUUACAGGAGCUGCCCAUAGAUAUUUUACUCAUCGAGCCUAUAAGGCCAAGCUGCCUCUAAGAAUUAUCCUGCUGUUGUGCUUCAGUAUAUCAGGACAGAACCAGUUGAAAGACUGGGUGAGAGAUCACAGAGUGCACCACAAGUACAGCGAGACUGAUGCUGACCCUCACAACGCGAAAAGAGGCUUUUUCUUUUCCCAUGUAGGCUGGUUGAUGAUGAGGAAACAUCCAGAAGUCAUUAGGAAAGGAAGAACAAUCGAUAUCAGUGAUUUGUAUGAGGAUCCUUUAGUAAUACUUCACCAAAAGUACUUCACCUGGUUGAAAUUGCUGCUCUGCUUUGUUAUUCCAAUAGUACUGCCGCCAUACCUUUAUGGGGAAACGUGGUACACCAGCGUCAUGGCAUGUUUCACUAGGUACAUCAUUUCCUUGAACUCCACUUGGGCAGUAAACAGCGCAGCACAUUUGUGGGGAAACAAACCUUAUGACAAGAGAAUCUAUCCAGCCGAAAACCUCACUGUAUCCUUCUUCUCUAUGGGCGAAGGAUACCACAACUACCAUCAUACAUUUCCGUGGGACUACAGAACUUCCGAAAUGGGCAAGUCAUUGAACGUCACCACGUUUUGGCUGAACGUUUUCCAGAAGAUAGGAUGGGCCUACGAUAUGAAGACUCCCUCAACAGACCUUAUCAAAAAAGUCAUUGAAAGCCACGGGGAUGGUUCUCACUACAAGUGGGGACAUGAAGUGCCUGCUUGGGAAAACGAUAACUGCAAAUUGAUAGAGAAAAAAUUAUGAGUUGUUCACUGAUUAUUAUACAAAAAAAUGUUACUGUGCUU